UGACAUUGUAUAUUGUACACUGAUAAUAUUGAUUAAUGCUGCUCUUACUUGAAUAUAAAAUGCUCGUCUUUACGAAGGCGAGGUUGUGGAACGUGUAGAUAACGCGAUGUAGAUUUUAAAUGUAGUGCGCAAUUGUAAUAGUGAUAAAGUUAUCUUUAUAUAUUGACGACAAGCAUUGAUUCACAUCAUGGAUCCUUUAGAAGAGCAAUUGGCUGCACUUCAGCGAUUAAAAAACAGUGACUUGUUGCCAGCAAUAUCUGCUUCUAAAAAAAUAGCUCCAGCUGUUCCUCCCAAACCCAAGAAAAAUUCUCCACAGAUUCCUAAAAGUUGUUCAAUUAAAAUAAAUGUUGAGCCGUCUUUUGCCACAGUAUUAAAAAAUCAAUCAUCCAAUGCUGAUUCUCAUUUGUACACUAACUUACCCAUUUCUAAAGCAUUAAAUAAUUCUACAGAGCAAAAGAACAUGGACCAUAUUUAUGACAAUUCUGCUGAAAGAUCUGUACAUAGCAGAAAAGUCAGAGAGGGAAAUAAUAUUUAUUCAAAUGUGCCUAAUAUUUCUAUGUACAGCAAUGUAACCUUUCGAGCUUUUGAAGGAGAGGAUCUUCCACCGCCGCCACUAAACAUACAAGAUCCAAAAUUCUCAGAAUAUACUCAGGAAGAAGAUUUACCACCUCCUCCUAGUCCAGUGAGUUCUAGUUACAGCGAACUUAGAAGAGCUACUGAAUCCUUAUACCAGCCUUUACCAAUUUCACAAUAUCCUCCUGCUAAUUAUGGAAUCUAUGUACCAGAAUCACAGUCCUCUUCUACAUAUGAAUCGAUUUAUGAGCCUAUUAAUAUAAGGCCACAAAGCGAAAUGUCAUCACGUUCCAAUUCAUAUUCCCCAUAUGUUAGUAGAUCUCAGACACUUGAAAAACAUUAUGUAAAUACUCCGAAAGAAUCUGAAGUCGAUACACUAACUGAUUUAUUAGUACAUUCCUUAAAUACAAAUAGAGAUUGUGAUAUAUAUGGAAUAUGUGUGAAAUGUGGUGAGCAAAUUUUAGGUGAGAAUUCGGGAUGUACUGCUAUGGACCAAGUUUACCAUAUAUCAUGCUUUACUUGCUGCCACUGUGCUAUUAAUCUUCAAGGAAAACCAUUUUACUCCCUUGAUGGAAACCCAUAUUGUGAAGAGGAUUACCUAAAUACAUUGGAAAAGUGCUCAGUUUGUAUGAAACCAAUUCUAGAUAGAAUUUUGCGUGCCACUGGGAAGCCUUACCAUCCCAUUUGCUUUACAUGCAUUGCCUGUGGUAAAAGUUUAGAUGGUAUUCCUUUUACUGUAGAUGCUACAAAUCAGAUUCACUGUAUUGAAGAUUUUCAUAAAAAAUUUGCUCCACGAUGUUGUGUCUGCUCACAGCCUAUAAUGCCUGAACCUGGCCAAGAUGAGACAGUGCGUGUAGUAGCUCUCGAUAGAAGCUUUCAUAUUGGUUGUUACAAGUGUGAGGAUUGUGGUAUGCUUUUAUCUUCAGAAGCUGAAGGACGCGGUUGUUAUCCAUUGGAUGAUCAUGUUCUGUGUAAAAGCUGUAAUGCAAAGCGUGUUCAAACAUUGACUACGCACAUGACAACAAAUUUAUGAUACAAUGAAUAAAAUGAAACUGAUAUAAUUUGUACUU